GAAGAACUCCCCCUCGACUGGCCCGAAAACAUCGAGUACCUCCGCCGUCCCAAAAUCUCUCCCGCCGUCUCUCCCCUCGCUCUCAAGAUCCUCAACACUCCAACACCUGCCACCGCCUCCUUCACGCGCUUCUCGGCCGAAAACCUCGCCUUUCCCAACCCCGACGUCCGCAUCGUCCCUCUCAAUGACCCCGAGCAUCCCGCCAACGGCCAAUUUGGUCUAGCCGCGAAGAAGCACUUUUAUCCUGGCAACUUCAUCCUGCCUUACCUCGGUCUCAUGCACACCAACAGCCCCAAAGAUACCGAUCCCGACUCUGAAUACGACAUCUCGCUCGACAGAGACCUUGAUCUCGCCCAAGAUGCUGCAAAUUCCGGCAACGAAGCUCGCUUCAUCAACGACUACCGCGGCAUCGCCGACAGACCCAAUGCAGAGUUCCGCGACAUCUGGGUCCAGACUGGCCAAAGAAAGUGGGAGAGAUGGAUCGGUAUCUUUGUCGUCACAACUGGCACUACCGGCAUGAGAAAGAACGGCAUCAGACCAGGAGAGGAGAUUCUUGUCAGCUACGGCAAGGGCUUCUGGAAAGAUAAGAAGGACGAAUGG